UUGCAGUGUCGUUGUGAAGGAUCUGUGUGGAUAGUGUUUUGUGUGGUUGACUGGAGGCUUGUUAAUCAGUGACGUACCUUGCUAACGCCUGUCCCUGUUCUCCAGUGUUUUAAAGGCUGACGCUCUGUCACGUGCUAAGCCUCAGGGCCGCCCGGGCGGGGUCAGCUUCCAGGUUGUGGCCGUGCAGUCAAUGCAAUGGUUGAAUUUGACUGGUCCCCACGCAUCCCGCCUGGUGUUGUCGCUCGCUGUGCUUCGGCCUUGUUGCCCCUUCCUCAUUUCCAACUUUGCAUCCACAACUGGUGACUUCGCCUGUCCUCGUCUUCUUUCCCCAACAUCCUGCGACUACACCACAUCGCAAACCCUUUUCAACCAUACCCUCCUUGCAACAGACCAUCAUCACGUUGACAUUUCGCCUCCCACCACAUCAACACAAGGUGAGUCUCGGUUAUUGUCCCCUCACUUGCUUGCAAUCGCCCCAGUCGCGCACCACUUCUCGUCCGCUGUCGUCAUCGCCGACUCGAUCGAGCCUUGCCCUCGCCUUCUGAAGCCGCUGUCACCAUCCUUUCCGUCACCUCAUGAUGCAGGUUCUAGUUACCUUGCAGACCGAUGCCAGCUAUCCACAAAUCUCGUGCAUCACCGCGUCCCAACGCCGGUACAGCUGCGCAUCCACCCCACACCGAGAGCGGAGAGUGAGGCCAUGAAGUCAGCAGCGCGCACAUCCACAUCAACCUGAGCGGGCUGCUUGAUGGGAUGGUUUGCUUGCGAUCAGCGCGCACAUUUGGCGAUUUUGUUUUCUACAGCAGAUGGUUUUUUUCUUUUAUUAUUUCGCUUCCGCCCACAUAUUCAGCUCACCGACUCACUCCGCCUGCC